UCAUCAUCAUCAUCUUCAUUAUUAAACCAUGGCCAUUUAAAACAAACAACAGAAGCAUCAACAACAACAAAUGAAACAAUGACAACAUCUUCAUCUUCAUCAACAAUGCAAACAUCACAAACAAUUUUACAACAGCAGCAGCAGCAGCCACAAGAUACAAAUUCAUUAUUAUUGCCGAAUAAAAUGUUAUUAAAUGUUUAUAUGCCAAAUCAACAACGUACAAUUGUUGAAAUUAAUCAUCAUCAUCGAAAUCAAAAUGGUGAUGAUGGAUUUAGUGGCAUUAACGAUGGACAUGGACAACAACAAAAUAAACAGCAAACAAUUCGUGAUGUAUUGAUGAGAGCAAUGAAAAAACGUCGUCUUACAACCGAUGUUUGUUAUGUUUGUUAUACUGAUAAUGGCCAACCAAUCGAUUGGGAUACAGAAGUAUCACGUUUACAAAGCCGUAAUAUUGAAGUACGAAUCAUAGCUCAUGAAACUCGUCGUGAAUUUUUUUCAUUAGCCAAUUGUGAUCUAUGCCAUAAAUUAAUAUUUACUGGUCUUCGUUGUCAAGCAUGUGGUAUUAAAUAUCAUUUACGUUGUGGACAAUUGAUCUCACCAAUUUGUCUUGCUCGCCAAUAUAAUAUUAUACAUAAAAUGGGCAGUCAUCCACAUCAUCACCAUCAUCAUCAUCAUCAUCAGCAUCAUAAAAAUCAUCAAUCUAGUAUAAUUGAUAUGAAUGGCAAUAAUAAUAAUGAUAACGGAGUCGGUAAUAAUAAUGUUUCUGGUGGUAAUAAUAAUAAUACAAUAAGCGGCGGCGGCGGCGGUAAACAAGACAUUAAACGUACGAAUUCUGAACCUGAUCGUAUUAAUAUAAUCAAUACUACUGAUCAAACGAGUAAAAUUGAACAACAAAAUAAUCAUAACCAUAAUAAUAAUAAUAACAAUAAUAAUAAUGAUCCAAUAACAAAUAAUCGUCCAAGAUCAGCUGAUGAAAAAUUACAUAUCGAUUCUAAUCGUGAAUCGAUACGUGAUUGGGAGAUACCACAAUCAGAAAUUCUUGUACGUGAAUGUAUUGGAUCUGGUUCAUAUGGUACCGUAUUUCGUGGCCAUUGGCAUGGACCGGUUGCAUUGAAAAAACUUAAAGUGGCUGAACCAACACAGGCACAGCUUUUAGAAUUUAAAAAUGAAAUUGCCGUGUUACGUAAAACACGUCAUGUGAAUAUAAUAUUAUUCAUGGGUUAUGUAUCGAAACCACAUCUAACGAUUGUCACACAAUGGUGUGAAGGUUCAUCAUUAUAUAAACAUUUACAUGUUAUGGAUACAAAAUUGGAAAUGAUACAAAUGCUCAACAUUUCACGACAAACAGCCCAAGGAAUGGAUUAUUUACAUGCAAAAAAAAUUAUUCAUCGUGAUCUUAAAUCUAAUAAUAUAUUUCUACACAAAGAUUAUACAGUAAAAAUUGGUGAUUUUGGUCUGGCCACUGUGAAAGCACAAUGGGAUGGUUCACAACGUAUUAAUCAACCAACUGGAUCGAUAUUGUGGAUGGCACCAGAAGUAAUACGUAUGACCGGAUUGAAUCCAUAUACAUUUCAAAGUGAUGUUUAUGGUUAUGGUAUUGUAUUAUAUGAAAUAGCCACCGGUACAUUACCAUAUCAGCAGAUAAAUAAUCCACAUCAAAUUCUUUAUAUGGUUGGUUGUGGCCAUUUACGACCGGAUUUCAGAAAGACACGUGAUGGUAUACCGAAAAAAUUUAUCAAACUUAUUGAAAAUUGUAUCGAUUAUGAUAUACAACGGCGGCCAUUAUUUAAUAAGAUUCUUGAAAGAUUGGACAAUAUACAAGUACCACGUAUAUUACGUUCAAUAUCGACACCAAAUCUGAAUGAUGAUUUUGUAUUUGGUGCUGGUAAUGGUGGUGGUGGUAAAUCAACGGCAGUAGAUUUUGUUGAAUUUGAUUUACAUGAUUAUCGUUCAAUGUUGCCACAAACAACAACAACAACAACAACAGCCAAUAAUAAUAAUAACAACAACAACAAUGUUGAUUAUGAAAAUUCAGAUUUUAUGGAUUGUAUCGAUGAUGAUGAUAAUUUUUUACCAUAA